UUUAUAAAAAAAUGUAUAAGGACACAAAUGAAAAAGAAAGUAAACAUCGAGUGAAUCGUCCUCGUCAACAUCGACAACAGGAAAAUUUAAAUCAAUCUAAUUCUGAAACUGUAGACGAGAGGACGGAUAAUAAUAACAAAAGAAAUACCAUAACAGAAAUACCCGCUACGAUGUUGAAAAUGGAUUAUUUAACCGAGAAAAAAAUAUCACAAGCUGAAAUGGAAAGACGUUAUAGCUGGCUGCAAAAAGCUAGAAUGAGCAUCUCGUCGACAAAAGAUCGAUGCCGUAUCAUUCAUGAGGUUCGUUUCCCUGAUAGUUUCAAUGGUCUUUACUGCGCACGUUUCUCUGCAAAUGGUGAGAUCAUAGUCACGUGUUUUGGAAAUGGCUCUAUUCAAAUUCGGAGCGGCGAAACUGCACAAUUGAAAGCAACAUUGAGAGGCGGUAUGGAAACUUCGUUUCCAAUUAUGAGCUGUAGAUUUCAUCCGAUAAAAAAGAAUUUUUUUUAUACGUCUGGCGCAUGCGGUAAUAUUUUUCAAUGUACGAUGGAUAAAAACGAAAUUAACAAAUUUAUUUCAGAACCGAUGAACGAAGUUAAUGCGAUAGAUCUUAGUUACGAUGGGAAUUAUUUGGUUUCUGGUGGCAAAGAUGCAGCUGUUAGAAUUUAUGACUCCGAAAUCGCAAAGCCAAUAUUGACGUAUCGGAAAAUUGAGGAAGACAUGAUGCACAACGUUAUGAGAUUUCAUCGUAUGAGAAUAUUCGCUGUGAGGUUUCAUCAUAUUUAUACGAAUUUGAUUAUUACCGGAGGCUGGGAUGAUACAGUCAGAAUUUGGGAUAUCAGAGUCAGUGAUGGAUCCAUUAGAACGAUCAAAGGGCCUCACAUUUGUGGCGAUGCGAUUGAUUUACGAGAAUCGCACAUUUUAACGGGUUCUUGGGUCGUUCGUGAAAGUCUCCAAAUUUGGGAUUUGAUGAGUGCUAAAUUAAUCGAGACAAUAAAACCACGAAACAGACCUACCACCUUAGAGGGUGAAUUUCUUUAUACCGUUCAGUACUUUGAUGGAGAUCCUUAUGGUGAUCAUAUACUUGCAUCUGGUUCUGGUAUUGGUGCUGUAGAAGUGAUUAAUAUAAAGGAACAAAAGGUAAUAGAUAGUUUCAAUGUAAAUAAACCAAUCGUUGCGUUGGACAGCAAUGGAACUACGAUAGUCUACGGUGGCAUGGAAUCUGUACUUAGGCUUGAGCCUGAUGUUUAUAUUUUCGUCAUAACGCGUAUGGAGUAAUUUACAAUUGCAAUUACCAUUGCAUUCUAAGCGACGCGACGUUAUUAUCCGUCACAGUCAUAAUUAUGAGGUUGGAAGAAUGGUAGGCUAACACAACGUAACGCUUAAAGCGUAUCAAAUGCAACGUUAGCUCGUGUCAGAUGAGAAAAAUCAUUUACAUUACACAUUGCUUACACCACUCGUCAACGUAAAUUAUUUUCGAUACAUUUUGUUUCUUCGUUCUAAUUACCCACAUUGGCGAGUAAAACAUUUUACGCUUACUGAUUGUGAGAAUAUACCGUUAACACUUGCCUAAACUUUCAUUUUAGAGGUAGUACGUAUUUGAAAUACGUUUACCCGUAUUUGCAUGUUUAAAUAACCAUGCUUUUACAAUUGUUACGUAUAUGUAUCCGUAUCAUUCUUUUUUUUUUUUUCCUGAAUGCUAAUAUAUCUUCUUUAUUCUCUUUGAUACAAUUCUCACGUUGAAAGUAUUCUCACGUUGAUUUUAUGAAUAGAUCCAACGAAUUAGCGGACCAAAUCGGGUCGGUUGAUAGGAAUUUACAAUCCGCUUCCUGAACUAGUGCUUCAUUACGUAUAAAAGUAUCAUGAGAGAAUGGUCUGUAUUUUUUAUUUAAUACAACGAAAUUGUGAAGCACAUUAUAUUUUACGAUUAUAUAUGAAAAAAAAAUUAAUCGAUAAUAUCUUUGUUCUCGGAGAAAGUUAACUAAACAAAAAAGGUAACAGCGAAAAUCGCGAGAUCUUUUUAAUUUAACAAGCUUGUCAUCUAGUUGUAAGUGUACUCUGAUCUUUCAGGUUACUGGAACGAAACUUACGUCUAGGUAUAUUACAUGAAGGAAAAAAAAAAAAAAAAGAAAAAUAAUAUAAGAUUACCUUUGACCCGAGCUCGUCAAGAGUGUAAAGCCGAAGAGAAUGAACGUAUGGAAUGGACGUCACGGGAGAACCGAGCUCCUUUUCCUUCUUAAGGAACUUACGACGAAAGUGUAACAGUAAGUUUCUCAAAGCAUCAACCAGGCGCUCCCUGUUCGGUACGCUGGAGAUGAACAAGUUUAUCCGAUAUAUGGAGACGUAUGAAACAGUCAAAGUUAACAACGCAUUGCUGCACGCUCUGUCGAGAGUUUGGUGGAAGGAGAAAGUCAUCUACCUGGUAGACAGAUCUCUACCUUUUGGAUCAUCAUUAAGUCUCCAGCUUUGCAGUAGAGACGAGACAAGAGGAGAGAAAAAUUCUAUAGACCUGUUUGUUGAAUAGAAAAAUAUAAUCUUCUCGAAUCGAGAACUCCUGCGAGUACUCAAUACGAUCAAAGUUUUAUAUCGAGUGUUAGAUAAUUU